GACCCCCCCGAGCCCAUGUCGGUGCCGCGGGAGGAGGCUCUGCCCGCCUGCUUCGCGGGGCUGGGCGCGGGCAGCCCGCGGCCGCGGCAGAAGCGCGGGGGGAUGUUCUGCAGCGUGGAGGAUGCCUUCGACAACAAGACUCUGGAUUUCCCCUCGCUCAGCUCCUCUGAGCCCGGGACACCCCCGGCUGGGCAACGCCGCGGCCCCGGCCCAGGCUCCGGUCCCGGCCCCGCUGUAGUUCCGCCGGCGGCGGUAGCUGUUGCCCGGGGAGAGCGGCCCGACGGCUGCCCGCAGAGUGACCAGCUCCUGAUUAAAGGAGGGAGAGUUGUCAACGAUGACCAGUCAUUUUAUGCAGACAUCUAUGUGGAAGAUGGGGUCAUAAAGCAAAUUGGGGAAAACCUGCUGGUUCCUGGUGGUGUCAAGACCAUUGAUGCCUACAGCCAGCUCGUCAUGCCCGGGGGGAUCGACGUCCACACCAGGCUGCAGAUGCCCAUCAUGGGGAUGACCUCAGCUGAUGACUUCUUCCAAGGCACAAAAGCAGCCCUGGCAGGAGGCACCACCAUGAUCAUUGACCACAUCUGCCCAGAUGCUGGGACCAGUCUCCUGGCUGCCUACGAGCAGUGGCGGGGGGUGGCUGACAGCCAGGCCUGCUGCGAUUACUCCCUGCACGUCGACAUCCCGCGCUGGCACGAGAGCCUGAAGGAGGAGCUGGAAGCCCUGGUGAAGGACAAGGGUGUGAACUCCUUCCUGGUUUUCAUGGCCUACAAAGACAAGCUUCAGUGCACAGAUGCCCAGCUGUAUGAAAUCUUCUGCAUCGCUCGAGAGCUGGGAGCCGUCGCCCAAGUGCACGCUGAGAACGGAGACAUCAUCGACGAGGAGCAGAAGAGGCUGCUGGAGCUUGGGAUAACUGGGCCAGAAGGGCAUGUCCUCAGCCGCCCUGAGGAGGUGGAAGCAGAAGCUGUGUACCGUGCCAUUACCAUCGCCAAGCAGGCCAACUGUCCCUUGUAUGUCACCAAAAUCAUGAGCAGAGGUGCAGCAGAUGUCCUAGCUCAGGCCAAGAGGAAAGGCGCGGUGGUGUACGGAGAGCCCAUCACCGCCAGCCUGGGCGCCGACGGCUCCCACUACUGGAGCAAGAACUGGGCCAAGGCAGCAGCCUUCGUCACCUCGCCCCCCGUCAGCCCGGACCCCGCCACGCCGGACCACCUCGCCUCCCUCCUGUCCUGCGGGGACCUGCAGGUCACUGGCAGCGCCCACUGCACCUUCACCACCGCCCAGAAGGCUGUGGGCAAGGACAACUUCACCCUCAUCCCUGAGGGCACCAACGGCGUGGAAGAGCGGAUGGCCAUCGUCUGGGAGAAGUGUGUGGUGCCUGGGAAGAUGGAUGAGAACGACUUUGUGGCAGUGACCAGUACCAACGCUGCCAAGAUCUUCAACUGCUACCCCAGGAAGGGGCGCGUGGCAGUGGGCUCCGACGCAGACCUGGUCUUGUGGAACCCCAAGGCGACGAAAAUCAUCUCAGCCAAAACCCACAACCUGAACGUGGAGUACAACAUAUUUGAAGGCACAGAGUGCCACGGAGCUCCUACUAUGGUCAUCAGCCAAGGAAGAGUUGUCCUGGAGGAUGGAAACCUGUGUGUCACCCAGGGGUCUGGCCGCUUCAUUCCUAGGAAGACGUUCCCAGAUUUUGUUUAUAAGAGGAUAAAGGCAAGAAACAGGCUGGCCGAGGUGCACGGCGUCCCCCGGGGGCUGUACGACGGCCCGGUCCACGAGGUGCUGGCGAGCGCCAAGGCGGUGGCCCCCAGCGCCGCCGCCCGCAUCGCUCCUUGCGCCGGCAAGGCUCCGGCGCCGCCCGUCCGCAACCUCCACCGCUCGGGCUUCAGCUUGUCCGGCUCGCAGGCAGAUGACCACAUUGCCAGGCGCACGGCGCAGAAGAUCAUGGCCCCGCCGGGUGGACGGUCCAACAUCACCUCGCUGUCCUGAUGGAGCAGCCUGGGGCCUGCGCUCCCCCCUGUGCCACCGUGGCUGUCCCCAGGGCCACCAACGCCACCACCGGCGCGCGGUCAGGUCCCGCCAGGGCCACUCCAGCCGAGCAGGGGCGGUGGGGUGAGGAAGCUGAGGAUGAACAGCGAGCCUUCGUCAGCUGCCCCAGCCCCUUCUUCUCGUAGGUAGAAAGUAGAGUAACCCCCGAGAGGUAGCACUCCCACCUCCAGCUCUCCCAGUUUGUGUUUCCAGUAGCUGCUUGGAAAGCCCUGACCCUGUGCAUGUGGCCACCUUGAUGUAACUGGGCAGCGAGCUCAGCCCUGGCUCGGGCUGGUGGACCAGACGUGAAGGCAGGGGCACUCUGGGUGGGACACAUCCUCCUGGCAGCACCCCAUGUCCUCCCUGGGGCAUGUCCUCCUCACAGGACUUGCUGCCUUGUCCAGCCCACAGACAUCUGACUCGUGGGCACUCCCAGGCUGUGAGGGCUGGGAGCUGCAUCUCCAGCAGCUCCAUCAUCCCCAGGCAGGUCUCCACCAUCUCACCAGGCCCCCUGGCUGUGCUCCAGCAGUGACCAUCACCGUGCCUGUGAGUGAGGAUGGCAGCGUGCCCACCUGUUCCUGCAGCAGUAACCAUCUUGGUGCAGGGCUGCAGUCCCCUGGCCCUGGUGGCUAUGCCAGCUCUGGAGUCUCUCCUGGGCUCGUUUUUUAAGGACAACUUCUAGCGCUCUGGGGGCCCAAGUGCACGUCCUGUAGCCAGCAGAGCAGCUCAGCUGGGACCCAGCUGUGCGUCAGCCUCCUGCACAGGUGGUCAAAAAGCCCCUUUCUGGUGGAGGUCUGAGCAGCACCGGUGCCCCUCUGCGCCACCUGGCCAUGCAUGUCCCGGCGGCAGCGGCUCGCCACGUGCUCUCUGUUCCUUGCUCUGAUUAAAGUGUGAUGGAAACCAGAAAAA